UGAGGAACUGCAAAGACUUGCUCGGCAUAGGCCCAAAGCACAAGCGAGCAAUCCUUGGUUUCAAAGUCUCUGGGCCCGAUCGGAUAGCUGCAGGCAGGGUACCGAGGCCUUUAGCGACGCGUGGUAUGUACAACUGACGGGUGCGACGAGUCGAUCAGAAUGUCGACAGGCACUCCAUUGGUUGGGAACCUUCUUCUAUUCUCUGACCUCGCACGAAGAGCACAAAGCUACGGUGUAGUAAGAGGGGUUCGAAGCACGCAAGGGUGGCAACGUGCGCGGAUAGAUAUGCAAGCUCUGCGGUGCCAACCAGAGUGGAGACUGCUGCUCGCGUGCGGCGGCCGAGUCCCUGUCCGGAUAGGACUACUGGUAAUGAUGGGGACAGCCGGGUAUACAACAAAUAGGAAGUUCUGGCGCUCGCCGGCGGUACGGUAAUCAACUUCCCGCACUUCGACGGGUGGCGUAUGGAGCGGCGCGGCGUAAAGAAUCCGGCC